AUGCUGAGGAAUCUUUUGAUUGCCGUCUCCCUGCUCUAUGUAGCCAACGCUCAAUGCGGUCAGAACACCGUCUCGAUCCUGCAGAAGUGCUACUCGGACUUUGUCAGCUUCUACGGCUACACUUAUACUCCCGGUAACAUGCCCGUCUACUGGGAUCUCCACCAAGUGCGCACCAAGAUGCUCCGCGACCAGGGGCUGACCGUUCAGCCCAAGAUUUGCGACGUUGCCACUGCUCUGUUCCAGUGCACUGAUAAGGUCAAGUUUGACGCCAUCUGCAUCCAGGAGCUCGGAGCCAACAGCAGCGAUGCUACUUCGUGGAUGACGGAUCGUGCCGUUGGAAACUACCAAUGCACUGAUGGCUACAAGACCCUGAUGGCCGACUUCGACUGCAUCGGCAAGGCCCGUGACGCGAACGCCGUCGCUCUGCAAAACUGCACGGACACGCUCGACUACCAGCUGACGCACAGCAUCAACAUUUGCAAAGACUUCAACGAUUUCCUGGCCUGCCAACCUCCGUACUACGACAAGGCCUGUGGUCACAACGCUGGUGUGUUCAUGUGUGGAGUGAACCGCGCCGGAAUUGACGCCAACCUCGACCUGUGCGACAAGCUGGGCCUGCUCGACAAGUGCGCCCCGUACAAGUAC